GCUGACAAACACAGUCCUGACGAUCUUCAGUCUCCCCUGGUCAAGAAUUCUAAUAAAUCCUAAGCAAGAGUCUUUGAAUAAUCUAUAAUGGCAAUGGACAUUUUCAAUCGCCCGCCUUCGAUCUCGGAGGACACAAUUCAGUACACCCUCUAUCCUCCUCCAGCACUGGCAGAAAAAUCAUCUGCAACGACACUCGCAGCAUGCGUACAAGCAUAUGUCUCCGAGCUUUUGCCAUACUUUCUCUGGCACAGAGACUCCUUCGAAGUAAAAGUCGUGAAAGACCUCGAUUCUGCUACAGCCAAUGAUAACAAGUGGAUGCUCGAGGGGCGUAUGCGCGUCGGGGACUCCAUCGAUGACGAAUGGUGCGCCGUCUGGCUCCUAAGGGAGAUCAGCAAGAAGUGGGAUUUUGCUAUUAGCGUAAUGGACUCUGAUGGGGAGUUCCUCCUCAUCGAGGCAGCCGAAGCCCUGCCUUCAUGGGUCAAACCGUCCAACUCCGAGAAUAGGGUCUGGAUACACAGUGGAAUGCUGCAUCUCAUACCUCUAAAACAUACGUCUCCUCCAAGUAAACCAAAACGAAGACGCAGAUUCCCUGGGUACAAAGGUAGUGAUGACGAAGAUGACAUUGUUGGUGAUGAUCUCGAAGAAUACUUGGCCAUCGAUGACGCACUGAAGCUGGUCCGCGAUGUAACUGUCGAUACGCGUGCACCCCGUACAAUUGAGAAUACCGUAUGGCAGCGUAUCUCAGGUUAUCCUGCAGCAGCAAAAAGCCAUGUACACACCGCCAAAGCCUACCUUCCGCUCGACAUCGCUCGCGCCUUAUCUGUUGACCCUUCGUUGGUGCAAAAGCCUGUCGAAACAUUCUACACUCGUGAUGCCAUCCAACUACGAGCUGCACAUCGCAUGACGCGGUUCCCUCCUCACUCUGCCGUACUUACCACGAUCAAAAUGACAAAACCAGCAUAUGCACAACUUGUUGGGCAAAAAUUCUUCCCUCCAAAAAUAUUCGGUUAUUUUAAGGAGCGCGAGGGUAGCGACGCCUGGCGCUGGAGAGACAUAGGUAUGAAGCUGGCCUGCGGUUUCGAAAUGAUCUACCAAGAGUCGAAGAGUCGUACUGACAUCGCAAGUAAGACUACUGACGCAGUCAAGUCGUCGGCGGAAGCCCGUAAAGAAGCACUUCGUCGAUCAUCCGACUACAAAGCAUACCUCACGAAUCUAGUGUCAACCGGCUACUUCCGGGGUGAAGUCGAAGGAUCGCAGCUUUGGAAUGAACUGGAGGACAAGGCCGCUGAUGCGUUCAUUCAGGUUCGCCAAGAGGACGAUGCUACUCGUCCUUCAUUCGCAACGCUGUUCAAUUCGGCAUCGUCAAGCGCCCCUGAAUACCUUACCGAGAUGCCUGAUGAGCCUGAAGACUCGGAUGACUGGAUGAACGUAGAUGCAGCCAACUUUGAUGACAUGCUGGAGCGGACCCGUUCCCAGCCGCAAUCUCAAGCGAUGGAUGUUGAUUCUGCAGGUGAUUCUGCAGAGGAAAUGGUGGCCAAAGAACAAGCAACCAAGCUGCAUGACCUUGCAGCCAAGGUGCAGAAGUUUGUUGAAGGAGAGGGUUACGUAGAGGGUGCUAGGUUUGAAGACGAAGCUUUCUCGGACGACGAGGACGACACAGGCGAAGAGGAUGAAGAGGAUGAAGAGAAUUUUAGUGAUGAGAAAUUCUCGGACUCCGACGAUGAAGAUGACGACGAGCCAGUUACUGACGAAUGCUACCCGCCAAGAAGCGAUGGCGAAGCUUGUGCCUGCCCUCUUGGAGGCCGAAUACGGGCAGAUGCCCGCUUCGUUCAACACUCAACUCGAUAUGACCGAUCCAGCGAUAGCACAGUCUUCGACCACCGAGCCCGCUUUAGAAGUUACAUCACCAGCUCGUACUCGAUCUAUACGACCACCCAUUCUGUCGCGCGACAGGUACGAGGGUAUGAGGAAGAUGUCGAGUCAGAAGAGGACCGCCCGCAGGUGGUUGGCGAUAUUGAAGUUGACAUGGAUGAGGAGGAAGCAGAGUUCCUGGAGUUCUCAAGGCAAGCUUUGGGUAUAUCUGAUCAACAGUGGGGGGACAUCAUUAAGGAUAGGAAAGGACGAGGAGCCUUCGUUCCCACUAGCGUCAUGGCGGAGAACACAACAUCAACCUCGUCAAUAUCAUCAAAUAAUAAAUUUCAUUCUCCCGCGACGCAGUCUUUGGAAGCACAGGGCCGACGACCUGCCCCUGGUCCGAGGCCAAAUGUCAAUCCGAAUUUGGACUCCUUUGAAGCUGUCAUGCAAGCUAUGGAUGCCGAACUCAACCGGUCUCGCCAGACGGUGAAGGGGAAGGGGAAGGCUCCAGCUGUCCCCACAGGUGACCCUGCAGUCACCGGCAAAGGCAAAUCUAAAUCGACAUCCAUAGAAGAAGACAGUGAAGAGGACCCAGAUAUUGAAGCUCAAAUGGAGGUUGAGCUCAAAGCCAUGCUCGAACACGGAGGCGGAGAUAUGGAGGAACUUGACUCUGAUGGAGAGGAGGUGCCGAUGGACUACAACCUUAUCAAGAAUUUCCUGGAAAGUUUCAAAGGCCAAGCGGGGCUUUCUGGACCUGUGGGAAACCUUGCGAGUCGCUUGCAGCCAGGGUGGACUUUCCCAAGGGAUGAUUCAUGAUUGCGCCACCAAUACAUGGUCUGUCGGGAACAUAUGUCAAUGGUGUCUAACGCGGUGAUAUAGCGGUUGGAAGGUAAUGAGUACCUGUUAGACUAUUCAUCGUGUACUUUGUGUGAAUCAGUAUUGUGUAGUGAGCACCUAGUACUUCGUGACUACAUGUGUAAGUAAAUAUUGCUGCCGAUCGAGUCGGACAGUUAUUGUUACAUCUAAUCUUAUCUAGAACUCCCA